AUGCUCCAAGAUUGGGUGUGGAUGCCGAAGACCAGUCAUGUAUGGUACGCCUUCAUGGAGGAGCUCAGGGGUGUCUGUGGUUUUGGAUUCGUGUGGUGGUGGCGGUAUUGCUUCUGUGGUAUGCACGAUGGAAACGAACAAGAGAGUUUGCUGAGUUCGAGUUCCACGGCGCUGAAACAGAAGAGAAACAAUUUCAAAGGCGUAUCCCCCGUAGACUUCGGUUAUUUUGGUUUGGUUUGUUUUUUUCAUCUGAAUCUUUUUAUUUGCAUGGUGGUGGCUGCAGCUUUUGCUACCACCUGA